CACGCCGGAAGCCCGAGCGGCACCAGACAUCCGCGCUGGUCGCAGGCUUCUACAGUUUCGUUUACGGGAUCGCUGGUCACCUCAAAUGCCCCUUCAGCCCGCCGCGGAGAGCCGCGUCUCUUUUCACAGCUGACACACUUCCCGUUUCGAUCAGGCUGGGAGGCUGGAAGCUGCGUCAUGUGAAAGCAGCUCCGCCCCUUUGGACCCUCUCAACUCUUGACCUUUGCAGAAGUCACUUUAGCCGACGUCGUGAGCGCAACCUGACACCUCCCGCCUCGGGCAUGCCUCAGCCGGGUAUGAAUGGGAUGGAGCCUGUGUUUGGCGAGGCCUACGGGGGUCACCGGGGCCUCCUGAGCCCCUACCCGCUGGCCAUGUCGCCACAAGGGGGCCGGACCGAGUACGACCAGACCGUGCUCCUCAUGCUGGGCUCGCCGGCAUCGCCAAGGAAACGGCCCUUUGAGUUGCUAAGCGACCUGGUGGACGACGGGGGCGCCGGCGAGGACCUGCACCCGGAGCGCUGGGACGUGUCCUCGCUGGACGAGAUGGCCCGCUACACCAAGCUGGGCCUCGGCGUGGGGGGGGAGCUGCUGGCCUGCUCGGAGGAGGCCGUCCUCAUGGGCCGCUGGGGGAGGAGCCGGGAGGAGCAGGAGGAAGAGGAGAGGAGGAGCAGACGCGCGCCCCCCCCCGUCCCACAGGAAGUCGUGCAGGCCGCCGACGCCGCGGCGAGGGCGGGGGGGCGUGGCUCCGUCGUCUCGACGACAGAGAGGGCGCUUUGCUCUGCUGGAAGAGAGGCCGGAGCAGGACAAGACGGGGGGGCGCCGAGGGAGCUGGAAGUUUAUCAAGUGGCGCAGGAGGAAGAGGAGGAGGAGGAGGAGGAGGAGGAAGAGGCGGCGGGUCUGGCGUUGGAGCACUGCAGCGAGGAGCACAACUACUCCCUGGGCCAGGGGGAGGGGGUCAGGGAGACGCUGCAGGAGGCGGCGUGCCGCGAGGAGAGCCAGACCAAGAGCGAGCUGGAUGCCGAGGAGGAGGAAGAGGAGCUGGAAGAUGAGGAGGACGAGGAGGAGGAGGAGGAAGAGGAAGAAGACGAGGACGAUGACGACGAGGGAGAAGAGGGAGCGGAGGAGACGGCGCCGGAGGGAGAACUCUCCAGCUCCUCAGAAACCGAAUGUGAGGUGGAGGCGGAGCCUACGCGGCAGCCGGGCGAGCGGCCCUCGAAGCGCCGGUGCUUCUGGGAGUACCGGCGCGCCCGCGAGUCGGCCACGAAAAAGAAACUGGGCGGAGACGUCCGCUGGUCUCUGUCCUGGAGCUCCAGCACUCUGCCCAGCACGCUGUACCGGAGAGAAGGCAAGAAAGGUCGGCGCAAAGCUCGUAAGACGGACGCCAGCGACCUGACGCCGAACCCCGUGAAGCUCCGCAGCAUCGGCGAGCAGCUGCAGAAGCUCAACGCCGCCAUCGACGGCAUGGGCCCCGUCAACGACCUGCCCGCCGUGGCCCGGGCCCGGUCCCGCAAGGAGAAGAACAAGCUGGCCUCCAGGGCCUGCCGGCUGAAGAAGAAGGCCCAGCACGAAGCCAACAAGAUCAAGCUGUGGGGGCUCAACCAGGAGUACGAGAACCUGCUGGGAGCCCUGCUGAGGAUCAAGGAGGUGAUCCGCCUGCGGGUGGAGAGCAGCGAGGAGGACGAGGAGGACGAGGACGAGCGGGGGAUGACCCGCCGCCUGGAGGACAUCCUGCUGGCGUCCAGCGGUCCUCUAGUCGCCGGGCGGACCAAGGACUUCGUGCAGAGGAUUUUAGCGGCAAGCGCGGGCGGCCCCAGCCAGCGCGGGGGGGGGGACGAGGAGGCGGGCUGAACUCCCCCCAUCACCUCCCAAGCCUCCUCCCUCCCGGCACCACCAGCCACAGCACCAUGACUCCAACCACGCUCCUCAGCCCCCGCCCCCCCGCUCUAUGGAGUCACACACCGGAGCAAAGAUGGUGGAGGUGCUGAAAAGAGGAGGAAGAGGAAGAGGAAGAGGAGGAGGAAUGUUGACCCGCCUUCACUGCGUCAGUGUGUGUGUGUGUGUGUGUGUGUGUGUGUGUGUGUGUGUGUGUGUGUGCAUACUGGUCCUCUCUCCCUGUGUGUGUGUGUGUGUGUUUCCCAGUGUGCCUAUGAAUAGACAUUGCACUGUUCUGUAGAUGCUUGUAGUCAUCGUGGGGAGCGGGGGGGGUGGAGGAUGUCCUAAAAUGAGGAAGUGGGAGGAGCCUGUUUGUGCUUUAUACAUGUAUUUUGGGUCCGUUGAGGCUGGGCUGCACACUGUUGGGAUGUUGAGGGGAAACAACGUCACAUUUGCGAGUGUGUGGGCGAAGCUUUACCCCCCCCCCCCCCCACCUUCCCCCUUGUGACCCGCCCCCCUCCAUCCACUUUAACACCCCCCAUUGACAGGGGAGAAUAGUGAGAAGAAAAAAGAGAAACUGCACCUUAAUUCAAACUGACCAAAGAUGCUGCUGAAACCAUCCGUCACCGUGCCGACCACCGACCAAUCGGCUUGUUGGCGCUGUUUAGUGAUCGUUGUCGUGGUUACCUGCCUGCAUACGUUAUGAAAUAACGUCCCUUAAAUGCACUACCGUGAGCCCGAGGCUCCUUUUCACAUCUGCUCCGGCUAUAUUCAGCCCCCCCCCCCCCCCCCUCCCUCUCUCCUCAGCCCCCCCGACCCGAUUCAUGUAGCUCACCUUCCUAGAAGGAAAAAAAGAAAAAACACAAUCGUAGAUCUAGAAAGCAAAUAAGAUUUGUUGUUUUUAAAUCAUAAUUUUGUUGUUUUUUGAUGAUGCUGCCCCCCCCCUCCCCCCCGGGCUCACGUAGUGGGCGUCGGCCUUUCUAAAACCUGCCUUUCUUCUGUGGUCUUUGCUGAAGCUGCAGACCGACGUGUCCGAGGUCUCUAAAUGCUGCCGGACGUAAAAAGGAAAAGAGCAAAGACCCUUUGAACUGCACUGUGGUAAACACCCCCCCCCCCCCCCUCCCCCCAAGAUGUAGAAAAGACUCUAUGGUGCUACUGUAACAAAAGAGAAAGCAAUGCAAACGUGUGGGGGGGCACUUUAUGUUCUGUUGUAAUGGGCAGUUUGUUUGUGUCGCCUUGUGAAGUGCCUGCAGCUCAGAAACCAUGACUACUAACACACACACACACACACACAGAGAGACACACACACACACACAGAGAGACACACACACACACACACAGAGAGACACACACACACACACACA